AUGGAUUUGAAGAAGGAUAUAAGCGAUCACCUAGUCCUACUCGCCGUAAUAGCUACAUAUUUGCUCUCCGGCGGUCGUUUGACGAUUGGUUGUUCAAUCUUUGUGAUUUACGCACUGGUUAAGCACGAUUCUGUCCAGGAUGAAGAGCUAAAAGCUUCACAACCUCUCGAACAGGAGUCCUCUUUGGAGAAGAAAUCAUGUUGUGGAGGUAAAGGGGGGUCAUGUUGCUCAUCUAAGUUGGGCGGAAAGAACGGUGGCUGCUGUGGCGGAAGCUGCUCCACGAAGAAGAGACUAGGGACAGGCGUGAACGACACCGUUCCUGAAACUCCAUCCACGAAUGACACUAGCGUCUCCGAAACUGACUUCACGGAAGCUUUCAAACCGCUAAAGAAAGUCAAAAAGGCGCCGAAGGUAGUGAGCGGCAGCAAGCUUGCUCGCUCUAAAAGUGAGCCAAGCUUCUUUAAAAAAGCUUUAACAGUAUCCAAUGAAAAGUUAACCGACUCACAGAUAUACAUCUUCUACUCAUCUCUACAAGGGGCAGCGCAAAGGUCUGCCAAGGCAGUCGCCAAAGUUUUAUCAGAAGUUGAAGCUCUGAAGCAUACUCCAAUGGUCUUGAACUUGGACGAUUUGAGUGACUUUGAUGAUUAUUUUGUUAACGUUCCAAGUCUUAAUGCUUUAUAUGUCAUGGUCCUACCUUCAUAUGAUUCAGACUCUCCGCUAGAUUUCUUUUUACAAUCUAUGGAUGAAAACUGCAAUGAUUUCAGGAUCGAUAAGCACGCAUUGCGAAAGUUGACUGGCUAUGCUGUUCUUGGUAUUGGCGAUUCAGAAUCAUGGCCUAGCAAGUUUUGCUAUCAAGCCAAACAGGCAGAUUUGUUGUUGGCAAAACAAGGUGGAAGAAGAGUUUUUCCUGUCGGAGAAGUUUGCAUGAAGUUCGGAGGUGAUCCUAAAGUAAUUGAAUGGGCUAAGCUCCUGGCCGAGACCCUUCAAGAUGAUGAGCCGAUCCUCUAUGAGUAUGAUGAAAGUCUGGAGACCGAGGAAGCUGAAGAACCGUUGGAUGAGCUUACGAAGGAAACUCUCAUCGAUUUGGAGGACGUUGGUAAGUCAACAGAGCUACAAAAUGUUAACGAGAUAAAGGAAAUGGUUGCCAAGGACAGCCCGACCUACAAAAAUUUGACCAAGCAAGGAUACACAAUCGUGGGGUCGCACUCUGGUGUGAAGAUAUGUAGAUGGACAAAGAACGAUUUGCGUGGUAGGGGAUCUUGUUACAAGCACUCUCUUUUCAAUAUUGUAUCCAGUAGAUGCAUGGAAUUAACGCCAUCGUUGGCCUGCUCUUCGAAAUGUGUCUUCUGUUGGCGUCACGGUACAAACCCCGUAUCUAAGACCUGGAGGUGGGAAGUCGAUGAUCCUGAAUACAUUCUAGAGAAUGCCUUGAAGGGUCACUACGCAAAAAUAAAACAACUAAGAGGAGUCCCGGGAGUUAUUGCCGAGAGAUUCGCUAAGGCUUUUGAAGUACGUCAUUGUGCACUAUCGUUAGUAGGCGAACCCAUAAUGUACCCUUUCAUCAGUAAGUUCGUAAGCCUACUGCAUGAAAAAAACAUCUCGAGCUUUUUGGUUUGUAAUGCGCAGCACCCUCAACCUUUAAGAGAACUUGGCAAAGUGACCCAACUAUAUGUCUCGAUUGAUGCCCCAACUAAGACAGAGUUGAAAAAAGUUGAUAGACCGCUGUACCGCGACUUUUGGGAGCGCUUGAUGGAGUGUCUAGAAAUUUUGAAGACGUCGCAAGCUCAUCAGCGGACCGUCUUUCGAAUGACGUUGGUCAAAGGAUUCAACAUGGGUGAUGUCAGUGCCUAUGCAGAUCUUGUUCAAAAGGGUAUACCGUGUUUUAUUGAGGUCAAAGGAGCCACCUUCUGUGGCUCAUCUGACGGCAACGGAAAUCCUUUGACCAUGCAAAACAUACCAUUCUACCAGGAAUGUGUAGGUUUUGUAAAAAAUCUUUCGGCUGAACUGCAACGAAGAGGUCUAGGAUAUGAUGUCGCUGCCGAGCACGCCCAUUCUAACUGUAUUUUGAUCGCAAAUACCAAGUUCAAAGUCAACGGGGAGUGGUGGACGCAUAUCGAUUUCGACAAAUUUUUCGAGCUUUUGGCAUCUGGCCAAUCGUUUUCACACCUAGACUACAUUGCAAAAACACCUGAAUGGGCUUUGUUUGGAAACGGUGGUUUUGCCCCCGGAAACACUAGGUUUUACAAAAAAAAGAAGCCAUCGGAGAACAAGCCGCAGGCUGAUGAGACUCCUGUGAGUCCGCAACUCACGCAGCCAAUCGCUACGUAG